AGGGUAAACAUUCGUGCGUCCUCGAGCUUUGAGGGAGGGACUGAGCGAACUGUCAGAGUAGAGAAAGAGAAGGAGAGAGAGCGAGAGAGAGAGAGACCGAACAAGCGAAUGGGAGAAGAGGCUUGCAACCAUCGCAGUGCACUGUAAUACUGGAUUGUACUUCAGCGGGAGUUAGCGGUUUGGCAGGUUUAUACACAUCAAAACAGAACAAAGAGAAAGACUCUACAGUACUAUAAAAGGAACAGCGAAAGAAAAGAAUAAAGCAACAAGGGAGAAAUCUCAGCGGCUAAAUUUCAAAAGAACCAAGGAGCCAGUGCUUGUGUUUUUCUCCCCUGCAAUAGGAACAUAAACUGGGACUUUGUAUUUCGUGGAGAAAUUGCUAAAUUUCUUCGACCACUAGAAGUUUGUUGGGGCAAAUAUAUUUUUUCUGUGUAUUUUAAUUUUAACUCUCAGACGUUCUAAAUACGACAAAACUUUCUUGACGGACUGCACAUGGUUUCAAACUGCUUUUGAGAACCUGGAUUUUUAUUCAUCGCUAUUUUAUCCAUUUCUAUUUGAAAUACAUAAAUGCUGUAAACACAACAAAUACGGAUUUAAAUUCAUUUUUGCUAUCCUUUUUAUUCUUCUGGCGUUUGCAGAACAAGUCAAUGGUAUUUGCCAAAAUUACAACCCAGACUUUUAAAGUUUGAAUAAUUCAUGAGAUACAAUUUGCCUGCUCGAAAAAAGUAACUGAAAAAGGGAGGGGGGUAAUCAACAAACAUAUUCAUAAGGGUUAACGGAAUGGCCACCACGGCUUCCAACCCCUAUCUGUCCAGCAAUAGUAUCCUCUCGUCCGGCUCGAUCGUGCAUUCUGACUCUGGAGGCGGUGGUAUGCAGCCGGGCAGUGCUGCGGUUACCUCGGUGUCUGGUGGGUACAGGGGAGACCCCACAGUAAAGAUGGUACAGAGUGACUUCAUGCAGGGAGCUAUGGCAGCGAGCAACGGAGGACAUAUGUUGAGCCAUGCUCAUCAGUGGGUGACAUCCCUGCCGCACGCCGCMGCUGCGGCAGCYGCAGCCGCUGURGCRGCAGCCGAAGCCGGAUCGCAUUGGUCGUCGAGUCCCGUCGGUAUGACAGGCAGCCCUCAGCAGCAGGACGUGAAAAACAACUCGGGMAGAGAYGAUCUACACACGGGCACCGCGUUGCACCACAGGCCCCCACACUUAGGUCCUCAUCAGACUCACGCAGGGGCUUGGGGGAGCACAACUGCGGCUCACCUCAACUCGAUUUCAGGGGGACAGCAGCAGCAGUCGCUGAUCUACUCCAACCCCGGGGGCUUCACGGUGAAUGGAAUGCUCAGCCAACCAGGGAGCCAGAGCCUGGUGCACCCGGGUCUGGUAAGGGGGGACACCCCAGAGCUGGACCACGGCAGCCACCAUCACCACCAUCACCACCAGCAUCCGCAUCACCAGCAGCAACACCACGGAGGGGUGAACAGCCACGACCAGCACUCCGACGAGGACACACCGACCUCGGACGACUUGGAGCAGUUCGCCAAGCAGUUCAAACAGCGCCGGAUCAAACUAGGCUUUACGCAGGCGGACGUGGGCUUGGCCCUGGGCACCCUGUACGGGAACGUCUUCUCUCAGACCACCAUUUGUCGGUUUGAAGCUCUCCAGCUCAGCUUCAAAAACAUGUGCAAGCUGAAGCCAUUGCUAAACAAAUGGCUGGAGGAGGCGGAUUCUACCACUGGCAGCCCGACCAGCAUCGACAAGAUAGCGGCACAAGGUAGGAAGCGAAAGAAGCGCACGUCCAUCGAAGUAAGCGUGAAGGGAGCUUUGGAGAGCCACUUCCUGAAAUGCCCCAAACCCUCGGCCCAAGAGAUAACCUCACUAGCGGACAACUUGCAGCUGGAGAAAGAAGUGGUUAGAGUGUGGUUUUGCAAUAGGAGACAGAAGGAAAAAAGGAUGACGCCCCCAGGAGUGCCACAGACGCCGGAGGAUGUGUACUCGCAGGUCGGCAAUGGACAUUUUUUAGUAGAUUACUUAAAAGAUGCAAGUUUAACUGGGCCGAGUGAACCGACCGACCAGAGGGUGACUACAAGUUCGUUCCAUCAGGUAAUUUUGGCGCAUUAACAACACCAACUGGAAAUUUCAAAGCAAGUAGUCCUAUUAGAAUUUUAAAAAGAUUCCCCCUGUACCCUGUAUCUGAUUUGCGAAAGACAAAAGAGGCAGGCAUUUGUAUAUUUAAAAAUGGGACAUUUUAAACCCCUACUUUAACAAAGGAA